AUGGGGACGCAGCUGCGUGUGCUGCUGGAGGAGGAGGAGCAGCAGCUCCUGCAGGAGAUGGAGGAGAAGAUGGAGACUCCGGUGGAGAGACAGGCGAAGAUGAGAGAACGAGCCAAAGCUCUGAGAGAGAGGAGAGAGACAGACAGGCAGAAGAUGGUCUCAGAGAAGAUGGAUCAGCUGUUCAGGGACCAGUGUGAGGAGCUGAGGACGGUGCAGAGCCAGCGCAGAGAGCAGCAGGUGUGUUUGGAGCGAGCAGCUCAGCUGGUGAUUGGCCAGCAGCAGCGCCAGCGCCAGCGGCAGGAAGAACAGCUGUUUGCUGAGCUGUGGGAGGCCGACCGGCGAGCCAAAGACCAGAAAGAGGAGCAGGAAGCUCAGCGGCGCCAGAACAGGAACCUUCAGACGCUGGACGCCAUCAGGACUCAGAUGGAGGCAGCGGAGCAGCAGAGACAGAAACACAAAGAGCUGAGAGAGGAGGAGGCAGCAGUGGAGCUGCGUGAGGAGCAGCAGCGCUACCGUCAGUAUUUAUCAGCGGAGCUGCAGAAGCAGAGGAGGGAGGAGGAGGAGACGGAGCAGCUGAUGGAGGACAAACUGAAGGAGGUGUGGAGUAAACGAGAGGAGCAGAGCCGGCUGCAGAGAGAAGCCAGAAACAGACUGAUGAAGGAAGUGAUGGAGGCUCGCAGUCUGCAGAUACUACACAAACUGGAGCUGAACAUUCAGAGUCAGGCGGAGUUGUCCAAAGAGAGAGACGAGCUGAACAGAGCGAUGGAAGAGAUGAAGCUGAUGGACGACAAGGAGAAAAGACGACAGCAGCAGAGGGCUGAGUCCUACCAGGCCGACCUGCAGGCUCAGAUGAAGUCCCAGCAGCAGCUCCUCUUCCAGCAGAAAGCUCAGGAAGAGAGGGAGCACCAGCAGGGUCUGAUGCUGCAGGACCAGUACCAACGCAAGAAAGACCACAUCCUGUCCAGACCCUCGUCUCACACCGCGGGCGUCUCCGUCCAUCCGUUCAGACAGGCAGACAGGUCCAGGUCUGCCCCCAGACACCCCCCCGCACACAAUGCUCUUUAAAAACAUCUAAAUUAAAGUCUGAAAGCUUUGACUUCAAGGCAAGACAGCUUUAUUUCUCCAGCACAUUUCAGCAACAAGGCAAUUCAACGUGCUUUAGAUAAAAUAUUAAAGAGCAGUUCCAUAGAAUAAU